AUGGAUCAAGGAUCAGGGAAAACAAUGAUCAGUGUUCUUCUUGUACAUCAUGUGGACAAGAAAAACGUUGUCUGGAUUCAAUCUGGUAGUGACUUCGUUGAUUUGUUCUAUAGUUUUCUUACCAUGCCUUUGGGAACAAUUGUGAGAUUGCUUGAGCAUCACGGAAGAUUAAAAGAAAAGGUCAGCAUAGGUUGUUUCAACAACCUUUAUAAAAGUCUUGUAGACAUGAGCAUCGAUAAUUUCAGGAACGAAGCUUGUAAGCAGAUGCUGGUUUACCCGAAGAGCGUGAAGGAACGUCAAUGCAGAAUGCUGAAGAUUAACAUAGACGACACAGAAGAAACCAAGUACUUUAUGUGUCCAAAGUCUUUGCAAAGCCCAUCAUGCAGAGAGUUUUUUAGUAACUUCAAUACUUCAAGAUGUAGGUGUGGAAACUUGAUGAACAAAGAGAGUUCGUCACCAGAAGGAGAAGAAUCUGUAAGCAGAUUGGGAGGUAGUUGUGAUGAUGAUGGAGUCUUUGUCCAUGGUGAUGGAAAUAUGGCAUUUAUGUUGAGUGAUGAUUUGACAAUCGAGAAUUUUUCUUGGGAUCUUCCCCGGAAACGUGUCAAGGAUUUAGGUUGCGUUAACGUGUUCGAUAAGUUAGGGGAGGGUGAACCAGAAGUUGGCUUCCGAGAGGCAAUGACUUUGCUACGAUCCUUAUUCACAUCAGAAACUCCAUUGACAGCAACAUUCUUCCCCUUUCAUAGUUCGCCAUAUCCUUCUAAGAGAGCAUAUAAGGCAUCGAGUCCAUGCGAUUCGGUUUUAGGCCAAGUAUUGUCUUUCAAAGUGUAUUUGAGUAAGGAGGACAACAAGAAGGUUAUUUACGCUGAAUGUGGUGAAGGCUUUAUUGAUCUUCUUUGCAUGUUUCUUGUUCUUCCUCUUGGGUAUAUAUGUCAGAUCUCUAGUAGGGAUGGUGAUGAUGAUGAUGGUCUGGGGUGUAUCGGUAACUUGUUCAGAAGCUUCAAAGGCUUAAGUGGUGACGAAAUAACCAUUCCUUGGUAUUACAAUUGUAGAAAGAAUCUUCUUGGCAUCACGGUCCAAAAGCCGCCGAGUUUGUUCAAUUGCAUUUCUUAUUUGGAAGAUAAUGGUAUGGCUGGAGAUUGCGAGGAUAGUAGGCUCAAGAAAGUAAGACCAAUGGAUCCAAAAGCUGAGAUCAGUGGCCAAUCAAGAAGUAGUAGUGGUGGGUUUGUGAAGAGUAACAAGAAGUUUCUUGUGACAGAUGAUCUUAUAAUCACUCCACUGAAUUCAGAUCUUACUAUGAGGGAGCUAAAGAAACUGAAGAUAAGUUUCGAUGAAGUCAACAUCAAAGAGAUAACUAUCGGUAAAACAGAGGCUACCAAUUUAUUGAAAGCUUCCUUUGUGACAUCCUUUGCAUUAACCAAUGGUCUCUCGGACUUGCUGUCGAAGAAGCUGGAAGGGUAAACUCAACAAUUCUAUUGGCAAGAAUUCUUAGCUUUUGGAAAACUUGUCUCCGUUGUCACUUUCAUCUACCUUAUGUGUGUUUCUCUAAAGUUUCAGGCUUGUUUUUGUUACUUGGCUUCAGUUUUUGAGAAUUGAAUAAUUUAAUGAUCAUCAUCAUUCAUCAUC